CUUAGAUUUGGCAAGCAAUUGCCAGUGAGACCAAUAGUAUUUCAAGUUGGCUCGGUCAAUAUGCCCCUCAUCCGCAUAGAAGUGAGCGAUUUCAAGUCUUAUCGGUGCGCCCAUAUAAUACUUUGUCAAGGACUAAUCUAUAGAUCUAUUUACCGGGUCUGCUCAUUCUUUUCCAGGGGCCACCAAGUCAUCGGACCAUUCAAGAACUUCACCUCCGUUAUCGGCCCCAAUGGCGCUGGAAAAUCAAAUCUCAUGGAUGCAAUCUCUUUUGUGCUUGGUGUAAAGAGUGCGCAGCUGCGCAGUAGCCAGCUGAAAGAUCUCGUCUACCGUGGGCGCCGGCUCGCCAAAGGCCCCUUGGAUGGCUCUGAGGCCACGCAGGACCAGGAAGACGAUGAUAAUAGUGAUGGCGAGGGCGAGGGGACUGCCAAGAAGGCAUGGGUGCUUGCAGUGUUUCAGGACGAAAAGAGAAAGGAGUGGUUAUUUCAACGAACGUAUGUUCUACUUGGUUUGGGUUACCCGAGACUUCUGACUGCUAUUUUAUAUGCAGCAUAUCGACCACCGGAGCAUCUGAAUACCGUCUCAACAACAAGGUCGUCACAUACUCUGCGUACAAUGCCGCCCUGACGUCCCACAAUAUACUUGUCAAAGCCAAGAACUUCCUCGUCUUCCAGGGUGAUGUCGAGGCUGUUGCGUCUCAGUCUCCUAAGGAGCUUUCCCGCCUCAUAGAGCAAAUUUCAGGUUCUCUUGAGCUUGCCCCAGAAUAUGAAAAAGCAAAGGAUGCUCAAGAACGCGCAACAGAGAACGCGACCUUCAACUUCACGAAGAGGAGAGGGAUCGCGGGCGAAAUAAAACAGUACAAGGAACAAAAGGGCGAAGCAGAGCGAUUUGAGAGCUUGUGCGAUCAAAAGGAUGACCUUAUCUUGAAACGCAUUCUUUAUAAGCUUUUUCACAUCGAAGAGGCACUCGAAGCGAAUGCCCGUGACAUUCAAACAAAGUCGAAGGCCCUCGCUGGCUUACGUGCAGAGCAUGGAGAACACGAGAAGGCUCUUGAGGGUGUGCGUGCAGAGCAAGCAAGGGCCCGCACAGCAGUCGUACGAGAAGAGAAGAAAGUCAAGAAGGCCGAAAAGGCGUUAGAAGCCAAGGAACCUGAGCUAGUAGAGGUUGACGCCCAGAUCAAGCACUCGUCCAGAAAGCUGCAAAAUUCACUGAAGAUACGGGAGCAGGUUGGCAGUGAUGCUGAACGUCAGCAGGCUAAGCUCCACUCGCUCAGGCGAGAUCUUUCCGAUGCUAGGCAGGCUGCAGAUGAGGCUGCAGAGGCCCACAGACGUGCAUCUCAACAUAACACUUCCCUCAGCGAGAACAGUCUAGCGGAAUAUCGCUCACUGUGAGUCACGCACGUAAGUGUAUGUUUCGCAGUGUUAAUGGUACAAACAGAAAAGCAUCAGCC